AUAAAACAAAAAUGACCAGCAUAGAGAGGAAAAGUGUGGCGUAGUGAAGAAGAGCCUCAGCUUCCUCUUCAGACUCUUAAGGUCCUGGCAAUGGAUGUCGCUGCUCAAACCAGCUGCUGAUUGUCUUUUAGGCAGCUGAGCUGGCUGUACUGUAGUUCAAUAGGCGGCUCAGGAGCUGUCCGUCACAGUAAACCCCGCCUCCACGACCGCUGAACCGCCCACCAGUUCCAGUUUAGGAGAGUUGAAUACACAGUAUUCACUUCUUUCUUCCAGACCGUGUUGCUUCACUCACCAGUGUAGCGCAGAUUUUGUAGGCUCUUCAAAUCACUGUUUCUUACAUUUUAGUUCGUCAGAUUAUGCUUGAUUCAUUUUUAAAUUUAGACAUCCUUACUUACACAAACCGCGUUACAUAACUAAGUGUUUUUGUGGUCAAAAUGACAGUAACGGACUGGCAUUUUUCUUCCCUUGGAAUUAUUCUGGUUUAGCCACUACAUCCCAACAAGCACAAGGACUGUACCAAUCAAACCGUUUUGCGAACCAAGCGAAAGUUAGUAGCGCUGGAGUGACGCUACGACCCUUGACCCGACGGUGCGUGGGGGGGGGAGGCGGUACCCGGAUGUAACAACACAGCGCGACAAAGAGAGGCAGGUGUUAGGGCCUCUGCGACCAUGGACGUCCUGCUCGUACUGGGUUUCGCUCAAUAAAGACGCGCUCAGGAACGUUAAAGCAGAAUCUCGUAUUUGCGCUCCGUUUAUGGGGGAGUACUAGUCGUCCGCGAUCUCACCGGUACUUGGCGAUUAGUCGCUCAGCGAUCACACAGCCUACGUGCGUGCAGCGAGGAGCGGCGUCGGACUGUGUGGGCGUCCGCGGGCAGAGCGCAGUAAACAGCGUCACUCAUUGUCCGGCUUGCCGGGGGGAAGGGACGUCCUCUCGGGCUGAGCGUCCUCUUCUUGUCCACCUGCCGGGGGUUCUGUACAACGAAAUUGGCAGUGAGCGCCCCUCCGCCGGGUGGCCGCCACCCAUGCCAUGGCAGUACGCAGGACGUCCCAGUGAGUGACAAAGGAGCGCGAAGGCUUUGUGUCUCGCGCCGGUGGGAUGCUCCACGGUCAGCGCGCGCCGUCCGCUCACUCGCUCAACGUGACACUGACUGAGUGGAGUACAGGUGAAGCCCGCCGCGGCGCAAGACGAAGCGCUGCGCGUGCUCGGCCUUUGUACGAGUGCAGCGGUCGCGGAGGUCGGGGGGAGCGAUGAGCAGCGAGCAAUGAUGCUCGCGAACGCCGCCGACGCGCAUGAUUGAUUGAAGCCGCGCUGCGGUGCUUCCAGGAGCAGAGUUGCGUUGGCGGAAGAGUGUGGAGCGCUGCCGCCUUUCGAAUCCUUGGGCCGCUAUCGGUAUCAGAGCGGUAAUCAGCAGUCAAGGGCUCACUCCUCUCGUCGAUCCGUGUUCAAGCUGCUGUGGCGACGAUGGCCUGUGCCGGCUGGUUUGGACUGCUGCUCACAUUGUGCUUCAUUGUGAACGGAGACUGUGCUCAGCACCAUGAAAAUGUGUACGUUUCAGGGAUCUCAAAUGCCUGCGGAGAGGUGGCAGAGCAGGUGCGGGCAUCCAGCGGGGUCAUCACAAGCCCCGGCUGGCCAUUUGAAUAUCCAUCCCGGAUAAACUGCAGCUGGAACAUCAGAGCAAACCCAGGGGAGAUCAUCACCAUCAGCUUCCAGGACUUUGAGAUUCAGAGCUCCCGCCGGUGCGGGUCUGACUGGGUGUCGAUUGGCACUUACAAGAACCUAGAUGGCUACAGGGCCUGUGGCUCUUCCAUCCCAGCACCCUACAUCUCUUCCCAGGACCACGUGUGGAUCAAGUUUCACUCCGAUGACAGCCUGACAGGGAAGGGUUUCAGGCUGGCUUACAUAACAGGGCGCUCGGAGGAGAUCAGCUGUGACUCGGACCAGUUCCACUGCUCCAAUGGAAAGUGCAUUCCGGAGAGCUGGAAGUGCAACACUAUGGAUGAGUGUGGGGACAACUCGGACGAGGAACUUUGUGCACCAGCCAACCCCUCUGCUGCCUUCUCCUUCCAGCCCUGCUCCUUUAACCAGUUCCCAUGCUUGUCCCGCUACACCCGUGUCUACACUUGCUUGCCUGAGUCCCUGAAAUGCGAUGGCAGCAUUGACUGCCAGGACCUGGGUGAUGAGAUCGACUGCGAUGUGCCUGCCUGUGGCGAGUGGCUUCGUAAUUUCUAUGGCACCUUCAGCUCGCCCAAUUACCCUGACUUCUACCCACCAGGCAGCAACUGCACCUGGUUUAUUGACACAGGAGAUCAUCGCAAGGUCAUCCUACGUUUUGUGGACUUCAAACUCGAUGGCACGGGCUACGGGGAUUAUGUCAAAGUGUAUGAUGGCCUUGAGGAAAACCCUCGGCGACUGCUGCGCCUCCUAACGGCUUUUGAUUCACGGGCACCAGUGGCCGUCGUGUCAUCAUCGGGCCAGUUGCGUGUUCAUUUCUAUGCCGACAAGAUCAAUGCAGCGCGUGGUUUCAAUGUCACCUACCAGGUGGAUGGCUUCUGCCUGCCUUGGGAGAUCCCCUGUGGGGGCAACUGGGGCUGUUACACAGAGCAGCAGCACUGCGACGGCUACUGGCACUGCCCCAAUGGCCGCGACGAGCUCAACUGCAGUGCAUGCCAGGAAGACGAGUUCCCCUGCUCGCGCAAUGGCGCCUGCUACCCACGCUCAGACCGCUGCAACUACCAGAAUCGCUGCCCUAAUGGCUCUGAUGAGAAGAACUGCUUCUUCUGCCAGCCAGGAAACUUCCACUGCAAGAACAACCGCUGCGUGUUUGAGAGCUGGGUGUGUGAUGCACAGGAUGACUGCGGAGAUGGCAGCGAUGAGGAGAGCUGCCCGGUAAUAGUGCCCACGCGCGUCAUCACGGCUGCAGUCAUUGGGAGCCUCAUCUGCGGGCUUCUCCUGGUCAUUGCGCUGGGCUGUACCUGCAAACUCUACUCCUUGCGGAUGUUUGAGCGGAGGUCCUUUGAGACACAGCUGUCCCGUGUGGAGGCUGAGCUACUGAGGAGGGAGGCACCGCCCUCCUAUGGUCAGCUGAUUGCCCAGGGCCUUAUCCCCCCCGUCGAAGACUUCCCAGUGUGUUCUGGUAGCCAGGCGUCUGUUCUGGAAAACCUGCGGCUAGCAGUGCGCUCCCAGCUGGGCUUCACCUCCAUCCGACUGCCCACAUCUGGCAGGCACGGCAGCAUCUGGAGACGGCUGUUUAACUUCACGCGCUCGCGGCGCUCUGGCUCCCUCGCUCUGGUGUCGGCAGAUGCGGAUGAAGGCCCAGGGGUCAGCGGGGCAGGCCGUGACCCUGAGCGGACGGGACCGCUACGCAGCCUGCUACCCCUUGACUCAGACGACACAGACACGGAAGGCGAUCGGCGAGAUGUCCCUGGUGCUGUGGGUGGUCUCGCGGCCCCCCUGCCCCACAAGACACCACCUGCGUCUGCUGUGGAGGCUGUCGUGUCAGUGUCGGCAAGCAGUGGUGACCCGCCACGUGCGGACGCCCCCCCAGGGAGCGCCGGAGACAGUGGCAUACCCGAAAGGAGCCAGCUCACCAGCGCCCUGAGCCGGGUGACGCGCAGCCUGCGCUGGGUCCGGUUCUCCCUAGGCCGUUCAUCUGGCACAGGGCAGACCCGCAGCCCCCUCCACCACCUGGACCAUGGCGGUGGCAGCGGCGGCAGCAGAGGCGGGGGCCGAGAUGAGGAGGAUGACGUGGAGCUGCUGAUCCCUGUGGUGGACGGGGCCUCCGACAGUGACUCGAGUGAGUGCUCCCGGCCACUGCUGGACCCCGGACCUGUCCUGCCGCUGCCGUCCCAGGCUCCUCUUGCCACCCACGUUGCGAGGCCACCCUGCCGAGAUGGGCCCUGUGAACAUUGUGGUAUGGUCCACACGGCACGUGUCCCGGAUGCCUGCCUGCAGGCCGCACCCAAGACUGAGAGCAGUGACGACGAGGCUAUGCUGCUCUGCUAGGCGAUAAGUGCUUGGUGGCGCUGUGGAGACAGGCGCUACAGCGGUGCUCCUGCCUGUUCCUUCUGUGUGGCUCAACAGGUUCCUGCCCCUGCCCCCAUUACACACGUGGUACACACCACACGAUGGUACACAUGCACACGUGCGGAGUGCCCCAUCUUUGUGCCCCAGCCCUCCUAAAAGGGUUCGCUUGAGCUCUGUUCUACAUUGUGCUCUUUACGCAGGUUAUUCGCAGCUUAGAACGGAGAGCAGCCUCUACACAUGGAAGGAUGUGAGUAAACUGUAAACUGUGGGUAUGAGUCUGAGAAGAGAUGCUUGUGUUUGAUCCUUCGCAUCCUUUGUGGUCAAUGAGUUCUUUCAUGUCAUGUGUUUCUUUUCCCCAUUAUCUUUGGAAGAGAUCGUUCAAAAGGCGGUGCACAAAGGGUCACGGGACAGUUGUCCCUCCUGUGUUACAGUGGUACUGAGCUCGGUCCUCGUGCGCCACAGCAUUUUAUUUAUGACACAGAAGCAACCCAAGAUGGUUUGGAAAGCCUCACCAAUGUAAAACAGCCACCAAUGUUUGUUUGUUGUAUUUAUUUUGUUGUUACUGUUUUGCAAACCCCCGUGUUUUGGUACUGAAGAGACUUGUGUGAGUGUAUAUUUAUUUGCUUUCCUUUUGGUAGCUGUUAUUUAAGAAGCAUGUUCAAUUGUCUUGUGUAUUUUUGUUCAGUGAUAUAUUGGAGAAAAGAGUAUAUACACAACUGUUUACUGCACUGUGGAAACAA